AUGCUCUACUCCACCCUCAUCGUCGCCGCCUCGGCCUUUGCUGGCUUCGCCUCCGCGCAGAACAGCACAGCGAACACUGCCAUUCCCUGCUGCACGGUCCCGGUCACCACUGUUCCCGAGUCCCAGCGCUCAGACUGGUGCACUGCCAACGGAAACACUUGCGUCGACCUCUGCGGUGGCCAGGGCUCCAUCGCGAGCAACGGCAACCAGUGCGAGUCUUCCGACCUCAAGUUUACUUGCAAAUGCUCCAACGGCACGGAUAUCACGUCCAACUUGGCACGGUACCAACAGUCCGUUCCUGGUCUGAUGUGCCGCUACUGGUUCGACUCUUGCAUCAACGCGACUGGAACCGACGCCUCUGCCCAGUUCCGCUGCAUCCAGGCCCGCGACACCCAGUGCGGUAACCAGACGGCCAAGGACAGCGGCUCGUCUGCAUCAAGCUCGUCCUCGCCCACUGGCUCUGGCUCUGGCAGCGCGUCCCGCACUUCCGGCGGCUCUUCAUCCUCGCCCACCUCCUCCGGCGCCACUACCUCGAGCAGCGCUGCUGCUGCCGCGAAUCUUGCUUUCUACGGCACGCCUGCUCUGGCUGGUGGCCUUCUGGCUCUCUUCGGCCUCGCCUUGUAA